AUGAGACUCAGAGUACCAUCCGUGUUCAAGAGUUUCAGCCUUUCGACGACCGACGACGUCGCCGCCACAAUUCCCGUGUUGUUUCCAUCUUCUGACGAGGACCCAUUGAAGUCCUCCUUCUACCACGGCAGCGAAUUGAAGCCUGCCAACACCACCUUCACCCACUCCACUUCGGAGAAAAUCAACAUCGAGGCCGACGACCGCAUGCGGGCUUCCGCCGCGUUCAUCAGUCAAGAAAAGAAGCAACUGUUGACUGACAUCUUCGGUGUUUCUGGCUCGACCAAACCUCAAGUGUCGAGCGAACUUCUCUCUUUGCCUACCGCCCACUCGCCCAUGAAGAGCAGAGCUAUGCUGCUCAAGGUUAUGGGACUCGGCGGCGCUUCCUACGAAGGGAACGUUUACCAGAGUAUGCCUCAUCAUGCUCAUGCAGCCACCAUGGCUGACCGUCUUCAGCAGGGCGAGGACUUCUUGACCGCCGCCUUCCAGAGACAAAGGAGAAGCACCCUUCCUGCUCGCCUCUCCAAGCAAUUCAUGCUGUUGGCGGCCACACCAGUUCCCGACUGGGCUUGCGACCGUAUUGCUGAAGUCGGCAAACUUUGUGAGGGAAAUGACGAAGUGUCCCUCUUCGAGGCCUACCAGCGUGCCCUCGAGAAAGACCCUAACUGCGAACUCUCCGAGCUUGUCAAGGAGAUCGCCUACCAGGUUCAUUGCAAUUCAAGUCGCCAGAAGGCGCAACCUAGAGAAACUUUCUCUAAACACUGGGAUACUCUCGGUGCCGGUGGGGUACCAGAGAUUCCUACGGAGGAGUCUGCCGUUGAAGUUGAAGCAGAACACACAUUUGCUAAAGUCGAUUUGGGUUUCUUCGAGCCGAUUGUCGAAGAGACCGGAAACCUUGGCGCUGUCAAGGAUUUCGAAUACGCCAAAGUUGAGAGCCCCGAGUGGGAAGCCGCCAAGAGCCCAGAGCCUGAAGCUCCUAUGGUUCAGGCCUCCGUCGCACUCAGUGCUCUUGACGUCAAGGGUUCUGUAGCACCUUACUCUGUUGGUGCCUUGCAGGUCGAACCCGAGUUCGAGCACGAGCUUGAUGACGAUAUCAAUUACACUUCUGAAGACGAGUCUGAAUCAGAAGAGCUUCUCGAUGAGCCAACCGACUCCUCUGCCGCGGGCGGUAGAAGGGUUGUUCGUGCAUUCAAGGCCAUCGGUCGCCUUUCUAGCCGCUUGAAAUCUCGUGCCUCCAGGCUCAGAGAAAACUGGCGCGAGGACAGAAACUACCGUCGCCAGAAGAAAGAAACGCUCAAGAACCUUAAGCUUGAGGAACAACGUCUUCAUGAUAUCCAAUACGAGCGCCUGGUAGGUGCUCUCUUUUCUCGUGUUCGUGCCGCUGCCUUCGAACAGGUCCAAAAGGAGUUGGACCAACAAAAAGGAGAGACCGCUGUGCGUUUCCAAGACGAACUCCAGCAGAAGGAGCGUGUCAGACAAACGCAGCAUUCCAUCUUCUCUCUUCGUGCCCGUCUUAGAGUGUCUCAAGCCGCUCUUGAAGCUUUGUGGAAAAAAAAUGCAGAAGAGAUAAAGAGAAACAGUGAGUUGAGAAGGUUGAGAAGCGUGGCCCCCAAGACGACCGUCCCAGUUGUUGCUAAGGCGCCCCAGAAAUUGAACGCUUCACCUUCCCGUCCUUCACCUGCAAAGCGUGAAGCUACUAACAAAGUGCCGUUGGCAAAACUUCCUUUGGCUAAGCUGGUCUCUGUCUUCCCCAGAGUUAGCCGCGCCAGGAGCUCCCCCAGUCCCAAGAGUUCUCUCAGCCCCAAGAGUUCUCGUUCCUCCAAGAGCUCCAUCAGCCCCAGCACAACUGUUAGUUCCAAUCACUGUCCCGUUCAUUGCGAUUACCAUGCUCGCGUUUAUGGUUGUCACUCCAAGAAGAACUUGUUGAAUCGUUCUUCAAAGGUCGCUGGCUCCUCCAAGCCUUCUUCGCAGGAUGCCCUUUUGGCAGCCAGGAUAGCUGUUGCGACUCCAGCCGUUCCAAUUCUUCCUAGAAAGAGAUAG